UCACUAGUUUUAAUUUUAAAAUUAAAAACCUUAGCUGAUCAGAGCUCCGGCGACAAAGACUUAUUUGAGACCCCAAAAUCAUCUAUUUGUAUUCCCUAAACUAAGCUCCUGUUCUUAUCCACUUCACAAUUGAUUAAUAUUUAUUGCAGCUAUUCGAUUUUUUCAUGAGUUUAUUUUCCACAAUCCCGAUAAACUAGGAUUGGAAACAGUGAAGAUGACGAGAAAAACGAGUUGCUGUGGUAUUUGUGAGAAUUCAAAUCUUCCUUCCAUUUGUCCUGUUUGCGUCAAUUACAGAUUGAAUGAGUACAGCACUGUGUUAAAAUCACUGAAGGGCAGGAGGGAUGCACUCUAUGGGCAAUUAAGUGAAGUACUCUUGGCUAAGGGUAAGGCCGAUGAUCAACUUAGUUGGAGGGUGCUUCAGAAUGAAAAAUUGGCAAGAUUAAAGGAAAAGCUUCGACAACAGAAAGAGCAAGUUUCACAAGGGAAGGCGAAAAUCGAGAAGAUGUCUCAUGAUCUGACAGUUCAGUAUGAGUUGCUAGGAUCAGCGACGAGCAUGUUGGAAAAAAAUCGUGCAGAACAACUUGAGAAGUUUUAUCCUAAUCUCAUCUGCACUCAAAAUCUUGGGCAUAUGGCAAUUACCUCUGAGCUUCUUCAUAAACAAUCUGUGGUUGUAAAACAGAUAUGCAAGUUAUUCCCUCAACGUCGUGUAAUAGUUGAUGGAGAAAAAAAAGACACAUCUAGUGGCCAAUAUGAUAGCAUCUGUAAUGCAAGGUUGCCAAGAGGACUUGAUCCUCAUUCAGUUCCAUCUAAUGAGCUGGGUGCUUCUUUAGGAUAUAUGGUGCAACUUUUGAACCUUGUUGUGCGUUGCGUAUGUGCUCCUGCACUUCAUAAUUCAGGAUUUGCGGGUUCAUGUUCUCGAAUAUGGCAACGAGAUUCUUACUGGGAUGCCCGGCCGUCAUCUAGAAGUGGCGAGUACCCACUUUUUAUUCCACGCCAAAACUUUUGCUCGUCAGGUGGGGAAGCUUCAUGGUACGACAGAAGUUGCAGUAAUUCUGGAAGUUCAAGUGACUUUGGAGUUACCUCAAUGGAAUCUGAUAGAAAACCUCGGUUGGAUUCUUCUAGUAGUAGUAGUUUCAACUACGCUUCUGCUUCCCUGCACUCAAUAGAAUCACACAAGGAUCUGCAGAAAGGCAUAGCACUUCUCAAGAAAAGUGUUGCCUGCAUUACUGCAUACUGUUACAACACAUUAUGUUUAGAAGUUCCUGCCGAAGCCUCUACUUUCGAAACAUUUGCAAGAUUGUUGGCUACACUUUCUUCUUCAAAGGAAGUUCGAUCUGUGUUUUCUUUGAAAAUGUCUGGUUCAAGGGCAUCCAAGCAAGUCCAACAACUGAACAAAUCUGUUUGGAACGUAGAUUCAGCCGGGUCAUCUAGCACUUUGAUGGAGAGUGGACAUGUGCCAGUAUUGAGAAAUACAUUUGACAAUGCUCUUCCAAGUUCUACUGCUAGUUUGAUUUAUGCCACUGAAGUAUCUGAUGUAGGAAGGAAUGAAAAUUUAAUUGAAGGUUGGGAUCUUAUUGAGCACCCUCCUUUUCCUCCUCCUCCGUCACAAACUGAAGACGUUGAACAUUGGACACGGGCCAUGUUUAUUGAUGCAACAAAGAAAUGAGCCACUUCUUGGAUGGCUACGUCAUUGUAAUUAUAGCCAUUGCUCAUGAAGACAUCCAAGGAUGGAGGGAUGCUUCUGAGCUACAAUAAUCUCCUGGAUGAAAAAGCUUCUUUAGAAAGAGUGACGGCUUUGCAUCCAAGCAAACACCCAUGAUUAGAAGAUGAAUAUGCAGGUGAUAUCCUUUUCUAUUUAGCUCUCACCAACCUUCCCCGCCUUGGGGGCGCAAAAUUUGUUUGUCAUCAGGUGGUAAAAACCUGAUUCUCUAAGGAGCUCUUCUAUGGCUGGUAGCCGGAGAUUUCCGAGACAAGCUAAAACCUCAAAACUGAACUGCUAUUCCCGCAGCAAGUUUUAUAGGUAACCGCUCAGCACUUUCUAAGGCGUUGUUGGUAGCAUAAGUAAAGGCCCAUGAUAUAGUCAUGGGGUGG